AGCCAUGUCACCUGGUCUGUACGCUGCCUUUCAGAUAGGAAAUGCAUUGGGGAAACUGAGGCACGAGGUGGCAGGAAGUGGAGCCCCCAGCAGCCUGGAACGCCGGACGUCUACUGUCUGGCCCUGGGUGUCACAUCUGUCUCUGCAGCGGGAGGCGGAGAUUGUGGCAGGAAGUCUGUCAACUGGGAGGGGGAGAGGGGUCUGAUGGGCCAGGAAUGGGGUCCCCAGGUAUGGUGCUGGGCCUCCUGGUGCAGUUCUGGGCCCUGCAAGGAGCCUCAAGCCUGAGUGUGCAGCAGGGGCCCAACUCCCUGCAGGUGAGGCAGGGCAGUCAGGCCACCCUGGUCUGCCAGGUGGACCAGGCGCCGGCCUGGGAACGGCUCCGUGUUAGGUGGGCCAAGGAUGGGGCCAUCCUGUGCCAACCAUACAUCACCAACGGCAGCCUCAGCCUGGGGGUCUGCGGGCCCCAGGGACAGCUCUCCUGGCAGGCACCCAGCCAUCUCAUCCUGAAGCUGGACCCUGUGAGCCUCAACCACAGCGGGGUGUACGUGUGCUCGGCGGCCAUAGAGAUUCCUGAGUUGGAGGCGGCUGAGGGCAACGUAACAAGGCUCUUAGUGAACCCAGAUGACCCCACACAGAACAGAAACCCGACCUCAAGCUUCCCAGGACUCCUCUUCGUGCUGCUGGGGGUGGGAAGCGUGGGUGUGGCGAUCAUGCUGGGCGCCUGGUUCAGGGGCCGCCGCUGCUGCCAGCAAAGGGAUUCAGGUAACAGCCCAGGAAAUGCAUUCUAUAGCAAUGUCCUAUACCGGCCCCGGGGGGCUCCAAAGAAGACUGAGGACUGCUCUGGAGAGGCGAAGGACCAGAGAGGCCAGAGCAUUUAUUCAACCUCAUUCCCGCAGCCGGUCACCUGCCAGCCGCACCUGGCUCCCAGACCCUGCCCCAGCCCCAGGCCCGGCCACCCCAUUUCUAUGGUCAGGGUCUUUCCUAGCCCAGGCCCCACCCAGCAGCCGAGGCCAAGAGGGUUCCCCAAAGUGGGAGAGGAGUAAGAGAUCCCAGGCGACCUCGACGGGACCCCACCCAUAGGUACACACAAAAAAGGGGGAUCGAGGCCAGGCACGGUGGCUCACGCCUGUAAUCCCAGCAGUUUGGGAAGCUGAGGCGGGUGGAACAGUUGAGGUCAGGGGUUUGAGACCAGCCUGGCUUGAACCUGAGAGGCAGAGGUUGCAGUGAGCUGAGAUUGCGCUACUGCACUCCAGCUUGGGCCUCAGAGUGAGACUCCAUCUCAAAAAAUAAAAAUAAAAAAAAUAAGACGCGGGAGGAUUGGGAGCCCGACAGCCCCAUCCUGAGACCCCGUCCUCAUUUCUAUGAUGAUGGAUCUCGCUCCCACUUUUCCCCCCAAGAACGCUUAAUAAAAGCUUGUGAAGAAAAAGCAAA